AUGCCUACCCUAGUGUUGACCAAUUUCAACAUCGUCUGCGCAGUGCUUGGAGGGUUCAUCACGCUAUUUGGGCUUGUGAGCUAUCUUUGCAAAGAACGGUUCUAUCUAUCCGAAGCUUUGAUAUCGCUUGUUGCUGGGGUCAUCUUCUCGCCUCAUGCCGCCAAUUUCAUCAGGCCUCUCGAAUAUGCUCAAGGGGUCUCAGAGAAUCUUGAUACCAUCACGCUGUAUUUCACCCGGCUGGUCUUGGGUGUCCAGCUUGUCUUGGCUGGCGUGCAGUUGCCAAGCAGAUAUCUUUAUACGGAAUGGAAGCCUCUAGCUCUCUUGCUCGGUCCGGGUAUGACUAUCAUGUGGAUAAGUGCGAGUCUCCUGGUAUGGGCGAUGGUGCCACAUUUGCCCAUUCUUCACGCAUUAGCCAUCGGUGCUUGUGUGACGCCCACGGACCCAGUCUUGUCCAAUUCUAUUGUCAAAGGAAAAUUCGCGGACAAGAAUAUCCCGAAACCGUUGCAGAAAAUCAUCAUUGCCGAGUCCGGCGCAAACGAUGGGCUUGGGUACCCGUUCUUGUUUCUUGCCCUGUACCUCAUCAAGUACACUCAGGAUGGAGGCGCGGGACAACCUGGUGGCGCGGCAAAGGCGAUGGGAUACUGGUUUGGUGAGACUUGGGGGUACACUAUUCUGUUGAGCGUCGUGUACGGUUUUGCUGUGGGCUGGCUGGCGAAAGAGCUCUUGCAUUUUGCUGAGGAGAGGAAGUAUGUGGAUCGCGAGAGCUUCCUUGUCUUUGCUAUCACACUUGCGCUUUUCAUCACGGGGACUUGCGGAAUGAUCGGCUCGGAUGAUGUGUUGGCCUGUUUUGUCGCUGGAAACGCGUUUACUUGGGACGAUUGGUUCCGCCUGGAGACGGCCGAUGAUUCUCUUCAGCCUACUAUAGACAUGUUGCUCAACAUCUCUGUCUUUCUGUGGUUCGGAGCGGUCUGUCCGUGGGCGUCUUUUCGAUCGAACGAUUUUAUACCGAUAUAUCGUCUGAUCUUCCUUGGGAUAUUGAUUCUAUUGUUGCGUCGGGUACCGAUUGUCCUUGCUAUGCACAAGAAGAUACAGGAGAUCGAGCAUCUUCAACAAGCAAUAUUCGUGGGAUUUUUUGGCCCAAUUGGAGUGUCGGCAAUCUUCUAUCUCUAUGUCAGUGUGGAUUUCCUCAAUCAGGUCACGGUGGAUGGGGUGGUGCGCGAAGAUGCGGAAAGAUUAGCAGCUAUCAUGAGGGUGGUCAUCUGGUUUCUGGCCAUUUGCAGUAUUGUCGUUCAUGGACUGUCCAUUCCAUUGGGGAAGCUUGGAUAUCACUUUCCACGGACCAUUUCGCAGGCACUCAGCAGUGACAGGGAAGACGAUGAGCCUGACAUCCACCUCCGACGACAUCAACCGAACAGUCCGCUUCGACGGAGGAAGAAGAACAACCGAGGAGACCAUCAGCCAAGUCCUGCGGUUUUCAAGAUUGGAAGAUCCAGCACAACCCAAUCUUCAGGAAGAAAUGGGGUCGUAGAUGAUCCAGCCGAACCGCCUCGACCGAUACAUUUCCCUGUUGAUACUCCCCCAGUGGGGACACAGACCCCUGUAGAACGGGAAGGUUGCGCUGGCAGGACGAGAGUACGAGGGAAUGAGAAUGAGGGUGUAGUACUAGGUAAAGAUGGUGAUACAGGCCUCAGUCGGGAACGACCGGCCAAUCCUCGUAUCUACAGGCACACACCUACCGACAGCCUGUGA